GAAAAAUAAACAGUCUGGUCUUUAUUAAAAUACGAAAAAAAUUAAAUUAAAUAUUUAAAAUGGCAAAAAAAUAUAUCCAGCUAUUUUUGCUUGGAUAUUUAGCAAUUGUCAAGUCUGAAAUUACCAAGCAGCCAGUCUUUACAAUGUGUGUACCAGAAGUAUACUGGAAUGAUUGUAUAAAAAUGAUGGAUGAAUCAAUUGUCAAAGGAAUUCCAAUAUCAUGUGUGUCUGGUCGUGAUAGAUAUGAUUGUAUUGAAAAAGUUGGAAGAAAAGAAGCAGAUAUUGUUGCUGUUGAUCCAGAAGACAUGUACUUGGCAGCAAAAAAUAAUUUUGCUGAAGAAGCUGGCUACAGUAUCAUUGAACAGAUAAGAACCAAAGAAGAAGUUGAUGAACCUUACAGAUACGAGGCAGUUGCUGUUGUUCAUAAAGAUCUUGAAAUUUACGAUGUUCAUGGACUAUAUGGACUUAAAUCUUGUCAUACAGGAAUUGGUAGAAAUGUUGGAUACAAAAUACCAAUAACAAAAUUAAAAGCUAUGGGUGUACUUGGUGAUAUUAACAAUUCUGAAUAUUCAGCACGUGAAAAUGAAAUAAGAGCAUUGAGUAAUGUUUUUAAAAAAGGAUGUCUUGUUGGUACAUGGUCACCAGAUCCAACAAUUAAUCAAAGAUUAAAGGAAACUUAUAGCAACAUGUGUGCUCUCUGUGAAAAACCAGAAGUUUGUGAUUAUCCUGAUAAAUAUUCUGGCUAUGAAGGAGCCCUAAGAUGUCUAACACAAAAUGGAGGUGAUAUUGCAUGGACAAAAGUUCUUUAUGUUAAACGUUACUUUGGUUUACCAAUUGGCAAAACAACAGUAUCACCAUCAGUUGAAAAAGCAAGUGAUUACAUGUACUUUUGUCCUGAUGGUACCAAGGUACCAAUUGAUGCAACAACAAAACCAUGCACAUGGGCUGCUAGACCAUGGCAGGGCUACAUGGCAAAUGGACAAGUUAAAGAUGUCGAUGCUGUUCAAAAGGAAUUGUCAGAACUUGGUGUUAUUGGUGAAAAAGAAAAAUCAAAUUGGUGGAAAAAUUUACUUCUUCUUGAUGAUAAAACACUUGCUGUUAAAACAGUUCCAAUUAAGCCAGAAGAACAUCUUAUUGAGGCACAAUAUUUAGAUGUUAUUGAAAGAAAUUCUGGUACACCAGAGAGAGAUGCACGUUGGUGUGUUUGGAAUGAAAAAAGUCUUGAAAAAUGUCGGGCUUUAGCAAAAGCAUCAUUCUCAAGAGAUGCAAGACCACAACUUGAUUGCAUUCAAGAGCAAGAUCAAGAAGCAUGUUUGAUUGCACUUAGAGAUGAUGCAGUUGAUUUAAUAAUGAUUGAUGGAGCUGAUGUAAAAAAAGCCAUUGAAGAAUAUAAUGUUAAGCCAAUUGUUGUUGAAAGCUAUGGAAUUGGCCAGACUCAAUAUCACGAAAUACCAGCAGUUGCUGUUGUAAAAAAAAAUAGCAUGAUAACAAAUUUAGGCGACUUGAAGGGAAAAAAAUCUUGUCAUACUUAUUACAAGAAUGAUUAUGCUGGAUGGAUUGCACCAAUUGAAAUUUUACAAAAAUCAAAUUUAAUAACAUCAGAAAAUAAUAUUGGAGAUUUAUUUGUGUCAUCAUGUGCACCUGGUGCACCAGUUGGAUCAAAACUUUGUGAACAAUGUGCUGGUAAUGUUGCUUCAAAAGAUGAGUCAGUUAUAAUUGCUAGCAAAUGUCAACCAACUCAGGCAGAGGCAUUUAGUGGUGCUAAAGGAGCUCUCAAAUGUUUGGCAAUGGACAAAGGUGAUGUUGCAUUUGUUCCAUUUACUGUAGUUGAACAACUAGUAAAUAUUACUGAUAUCAAUAUAAAACAAGAAGACAUUGUCUUGUUGUGUCCAAAUGGAGGAACUGCAUCAAUAAAUGAAUGGGAAAAAUGUAACUUUGGUCUAGAACCUCCAAGAAUAUUUGUUAGCUCUGAGGGAAAAUCUCCAAAUGUCAUUGAAGAAUUAACACAUGGUAUUAUCGAAGCAACACAUCUCUAUUCAAUGAGACCAGAUCUUCUACAAAUAUAUGGCCCAUGGGGUGGCCAGAGAAAUAUUUUAUUCAAGGAUGAUACAACAGAGCUUGUCGCGAUCGAUGGAUCAUGGAAUCGUUGGGAUCACUGGGCGACUAUCAAAGAAACCCCAGAAUCCUUUGAAACAACAACAAGUUUCACAGAAACAUACUAAUAUAAUUUUUACAACAAUCAAUCGACGACAAUAUUAAUUAUUUUUUUUUUUUCAGUAAACUUAAUUACAAAUAGCUUUUAUAAUAAAACAAUAUAAUAUCAAAUAAAAUCAGGUAAUAUAAAAUAGUUAAGAUUAACUUGCAAAUGAAAAAAAAAAAAAAUAAAAAUUAAUAAAUGA